CCACGUUUCAGAUUCAAAAUGAGUACGAUUUCACCAGAUAUUGUGACGAACUCUACAGAAGAAGUAGCAGAAUGUUCACGAAAUGAAACUUAUGACUUUAAUCGAUACGCACUUAUUGUAUACGUUGGAACUCCGAUUGCAGUUGCUGGAGUUAUUUGCAAUUGGAUACUAUUUAGACUAUUCACCAAGUCAAAGUCGACGAAAUCACCAGCCUUAUACUUACUUCUUUUAGCAGUGCUAGAUCUUUUAAUGGAUCUCCUCUACAUUCCCUUUUUCACAGUUGACGCAUUAGCAAUCUACCACAAAAAUGAGUUUCUCUAUCAUAUUUGGCAUGAUUAUGCAAUGUUUGUAUUUGGACUGAGUAGGCUUGUCCAAUUUGCAUCAACUUACAUAAUUCUGUGUGCUACUAUUGAGCGAUUUAUUGUGGUGGCCGAGAUAAACUCACUCGAUUUUUUAAUCUCGUCAACAGGCCGAUUUGUCACUAUUGGAAUCACCUUCCUAGGUGUUGCAAUUCUGAGGCUCCCAGCAUUUUUUGAGUAUUUCAUCACAUACCGUCCCGAUUGCCCUCUUUAUGAAAACUACGACUAUACACCCAUUCUUGCCAGUUGGGAACAUUAUCAAAUGUUCAAUUUUUAUGUGAUGACGGUUCUUCACAUUUUCGUACCAUUUGCUCUUCUACUGAUGCUCAAUAUUUCCAUUGUCGUUGUUACGAAAAGGAAAUUGACUGGAAUUGGAUGGGCGGUCACAACAUUUAUUGAUAUGCCAAAAGUUAGUGAGAUGAUUCGAAAAGAGUCUAUCAAUUCAAACAAGAGGCGAAGAGAUGAGCUACGGUAUGCUACAUGGACAAUGGUUUCAAUUGCAACAACUUACCUUUGUUGUUCGUCUCUUUCCUUGUUUAUAGGAAUAUUGGAAAAUGUUUGGCCGGAAAACACACUUCUUUUCCAGGAAGAUGGAUCGAGUACGAAAUUUUACACUUUCGCAUCAGACGCUGUCAGUAUUUUGGUUGCAGUCAACUCACUUCUUCGAAUUGUUGUGUACUCACUUUGCAGCCCCAAUUUUAGAAAACAAUUAGUGAAAGAAUAUCCUUGUUUGAAAUGUCUCACCUGUGGAAGUGACGGAGAUGAAAAAGCGAAAAAAAUCAAGGAAGAGAAGAAACUAUUUAUUGGAUAUCAGAAUUUGAUAAUGGGUGCCAGGGUGGAUAUGCUGUGAUUAAUUAAUUUUUAUUAAAAUAGAAAUUAUAUAAAUUAAAAGCGGGUUAAAGUGUGAAAAUAAACAUGUUCAUUUUUAAAAACUGAUUUUCCAAAUAUUUAUUUCAGGAAAAAUAGCAAUUACUGAGUUUUUGUCACUUUUUGAGAAAAUUAUAGCACUUACGGAUGUUUGAAUCCCUACAAUGUUUGAAUAAUAAAGCCCACCUUCAUGCAAAAACUAAAAGUAUGUGAGAUUAGAUUAUAUCAUCGACGCUUCACCAUAACCCGUUGUACUUUGUAACACCCUUAUAAUUAUCAUUUGAAGUUGUGUGUAUGUAAAAACUUGUGAUAGACUAAACACAAACCAGAAGUAUUUUUUAUAGAUCGAGAGUCUAACAUUUCAAAUUUUACGAAAACAUUCAGAUUUUGAAUAAAAUUAGAAACAUGUUUACUGUUUCGAUUCGAUUUUUGAUUUCAGUAAGUCCUGAAAAUUUUGUUUAGAUUUUAUUCAGAAAUCGGAAUAUAACUUAAAUAUGGAUUGUAUGACAGGAAAAAUUGGAAAAUAUGACAUAUACAAAAAGUUCGAACAAAUUAUUACCUAUUCACGAUAAAAUUUAUUUUAAAAGUGGAAAGUUUCUCGAACCAGCUUCUUAAAAUCAAAAUCAGGAGAAUGAACGUUAAAUAUCAAGAA